CGUACGCAUGGAAACAGGCGUUUGAUUUGACCCGAACCGCUUCUGGAAUGUUUUCUAAAGUUACUCCCUCUGCAGAUCUGCACCCGUUUAAGAGUGCCGCUCAGUAAUUCAAGCAAGAGUUUCACACAGAAGGUCCAGCCAGCCACCCGUCUGUCCUGUUAAGCUGUAUGAAACGCUUUUAGUUGGAAAAAUAGUGGGCCUUUUUUGAGCUAGCCAGCUAAUCAGAAUGACCCAACAAGGAGCUGCGCUACAAACUUACAACAAUGAACUUGUCAAGUGUAUAGAAGAGCUGUGCUCUAAAAGAGAAGAUCUGAACAGGCUGAUACAGCAGGAGGAAUCAGAGAAAGCUCGUCUGCAGCAUGAUGUACGUGUGCUGACGGAGAAGCUGAGUCGUGUGAAUGAGAGCCUGGCACGACGCCUCAGUGCCCGUGCUGAAUUUGACCGCACCAUCGCUGAGACAGAGGCUGCCUACAUGAAGAUUCUUGAAAGUUCUCAGACUCUUUUGAGUGUUUUGAAGAAGGAGACAGGGAACCUGACCAAAGCCACUGAACCAAGAAGUAGCAAAGAUCAUUGAAUAAGGCUGAAUGUUCUCAUUCACUUUAUCUGUACUAUAUUCAUCUAUUCUCUCGCUUUUUCCCCUUUUACCGGUAGUGUUCCUCUUUGUAAUCGCCACACAUCAACAUCAGAAGUUAACUUGUCAUUCCUAUCAGAAAACCCUGUAUGUAAAGUGUAUAGAUUUAUAAUGUUUUGAUAUGAAUUUGUGUUUUAAAAUGAUACUUUUAUUUAAAUGAAAUAUUUUAAUAAAGAUAACUUGAAUUUG